AUGCCAGUACAGGAAACCGACGACAAGGUCAUUGUCACCUUCCCCAAUGACGACACCACAUCAGUCACUGUUCUCAAGUAUGGGGCCACAGUGAUUAGCUGGAAGGUUGCAGGUGAAGAGAAAUUAUGGGUGAGUGAAGGAGCCCAUUUGGAUGGGAGUAAGCCUGUUCGUGGAGGUAUCCCACUAGUUUUCCCCAUUUUUGGUAAACUGAAGGAUGAAAGCCAUGCCACGGGUGCCCUUCCUCAACACGGGUUUGCUCGGAACUCUACUUGGGAGUUUUUAGGUCAAGUUGGUGAGAAGCUUCCAAGUGUUCAAUUUGGUUUAGGUCCUGAGAACAUUGACCCUGAAUUGUACAAGAAAUGGGGAGGUGGAAAAUAUGACUUCACAUUGAUUUUCACUGUCACUUUGCAUGAUGAUGCACUUAAGACAGAUAUUGAAGUUGAAAACACCGGUAAUGAAGCCUUUGACUUCAACUGGCUUUUCCAUACCUAUUAUAAGAUUCCAGACAUUACUGAUGUGUUGGUGAACAAUUUGACUGAUGAGAAAUGCUUUGAUCAAUUGCUUGCUGAAGAAUACAUUGAGAAGUCACCAGUCGUUCAAUUCCAUGAGGAGUUCGACAGAAUAUAUAAGAGUGUUCGGAAUGACAAGUACAUCCAGAUCAUCGAUAAGGGUAAGGUGUUGAUGACCUUGGAACGGGUCAACUUACCUGAUGCUGUUGUCUGGAAUCCUUGGAUUAAAAAGUCUGAAGGCAUGGCUGAUUUCUUACCUAAGCUGGGUUACCACAAUAUGCUUUGUAUUGAGCCUGGCCAUGUCUCUGACUUUGUAAACUUGAAGGCAGGUGAUAAAUGGUCUGGAUCUCAAAUCUGUGAAACCCAUCAUGACAUUAAACAGCAAUCAAACAUUUAUUAA